CACCUGAUGUCAAGGAAGACUUGGAGGAUCAGAAACACGCAUGAACCAGGUGGAGCAAUGAUGUGGCUCCUAAUGUCCAGUCAGGUUAUCCUGUGUGCGGCUUUACUUGUUGGGGUCCAGUCAAGGCCACGAGCCGUCAGACAGGUGAGUGCGCAGGUAGGGUGGGUAAGUCGGAAGCCAGGUGUGUGGGCAGGUAGAUGUGUGGGCAGGUAGAUGUGUGGGCAGGUAGAUGUGUGGGCAGGUAGAUGUGUGGGCAGGUAGAUGUGUGGGCAGGUAGGAGGGUGGGGAGGUAGAUGUGUGGGCAGCUAGCUGGGUGGGGAGGCAGGUUAUAUCUCGUUCUACUUUGUUUCAUUAUUGCUAUAUUUUCUUAGAUCUUGUUCUAUUUUCGAGCUUAGUGCUAUAUUGUCAUAUCUAUUUCUGUUUUGUUAUAUAUAUAUAUAUAUAUAUAUAUAUAUAUAUAUAUAUAUAUAUAUAUAUAUAUAUGAUAAAUUUUACGCUAUAUUUUUAUAUCUGACAUCUGUGUACAUCUCUAUGUUAUAUUUUUUUAUAUUUUUUUCUAUUUUUGAGCUUAGUGAUAUAUUGUCAUAUAUAUUUUUGUUUUGUUAUAUAUAUAUAUAUAUAUAUAUAUAUAUAUAUAUAUAUAUAUAUAUAUAUAUAUAUGAUAAAGUUUACGCCAUAUUGUUAUAUCUGACAUCUGUGUACAACUCUAUGAGAUGUUACCUUACAAUCACAGGCUGAGCCCAACAGUGAUGAGUUCACUACAGUCACGACUACUUACGGUCCUCUCAGGGGCAGGAAACUUCACAUCAAUGACGUCAUGGACUUGGAAGUGUUUCUGGGCGUGCCGUAUGCCAGUUCUCCAACAGGUUACUGAGUCGGUUCUUCUGACAAGUCGUUUACGCUCGGUUCAUGCGUGCUGGUUAUUGAAGACAUGAGCCAUAUUUGGCCGACGGAAAUCCAAGAAGAAUCCAUGUUUAUAUACGUGACCGGAAAUUUGAUCGAAAGAAAUUUCGUCGACAGUAAAUCGAUCGAAGGUAAUUUGAUCGAACAGAAAUUUGGUCGAAUCUUUUUUUUUUCUUCAGUUUUUUUCCUUAAAAUUUUGCUUCAAAUUUCUUUUUGAGCGCAUAAUUUUGUUUAACUAUAUAGUAUAGUGAUAGUGCGUUCAAAAAGAAAUUUGACGAAAAUUUUAACCUGUGAACUGAAAAAAAAAAAGAAAAGAUUCGACCAAAUUUCCGUUCGAUCAAAUCUCCGUCGAUCAAUUUACCGUCGACGAAAUUUCUUUUGAACAAAUUUCCGGUAACCUUCCUAUGGACAAUGGAGUAGCUAUAGUUUGUGACGCCCGGGCCGAUUGUGAACUAGUUUGUGUGGAUCGUAGCUUAUAAAACAGUGAUACCAUUCGGUGUCAUCUUUGACGGGAAGUAUUGACACUAUUAGAAACGGUGGUACCUUUGACGUGAAGAAUUGUCCCUAUUUGAAAAGAAGUUUCAGCAGACAAUGUCACUUUCCUAUAAUUAUUUGGUUAUUUCUACCAACCUUCCGUUGAAUUUUUUAUCCAUAGAAAAAUUCGUUCAUUAAAAAUUUCUACCAACGUUUUUUCUACCAAUUAGGUCAACUUAGACUCGCGAAGCCAGAGGUCCCCGAGCCAUGGACAGAGACCAGGGAUGCAUUGGAACAUGGAGCCAAAUGUCUACAGAGGAUUAUCCCCGAUGAUCCGCCAAUGGUCAGCGUCCCUUUCGAGGAGGAUUGUCUCUUCCUGGACAUCUAUAGCCCCAGGUAGAUAGGGGCGGGGUGGGGGGGGGGCACGCGGGCACAACACUUGGUGUUCUUUGGUUCAAUGUUUUUUGGCGUUCUUUGGCUCAAUGUUUUUUGGCGUUCUUUGGUUCAAUGUUCUUGGGCGUUCUUUGGUUCAAUAUUCUUUGGCGUUCUUUGGCGUUCUUUGGCGUUCUUUGGCUCAAUGUUCUUUGGCGUUCUUUAGUUCAAUGUUCUUUGGCAUUCUUUAGUUCUAUGUUCUUUGGCAUUCUUUAGUUAAAUGUUCUUUGGCGUUCUUUAGUUCAAUGUUCUUUGGGAUUCUUUAGUUCAUUGUUCUUUGGCAUUCUUUAGUUUAAUGUUAUUUGGCCUUCUUUAGUUCAAUGUUCUUGGCGUUCUUUAGUUCAAUGUUCUUGGCGUUCUUUAGUUCAAUGUUAUUUGGCAUUCUUUAGUUUAUGUUCUUUUGCGUUCUUUAGUUCAAUGUUAUUUGGCAUUCUUUAGUUCUAUGUUCUUUGGCAUUCUUUAGUUAAAUGUUCUUUGGCGUUCUUUAGUUCAAUGUUCUUUGGCAUUCUUUAGUUCAUUGUUCUUUGGCAUUCUUUAGUUUAAUGUUAUUUGGCCUUCUUUAUUUCAAUGUUCUUGGCGUUCUUUAGUUCAAUGUUCUUGGCGUUCUUUAGUUCAAUGUUAUUUGGCAUUCUUUAGUUUAUGUUCUUUUGCGUUCUUUAGUUCAAUGUUAUUUGGCAUUCUUUAGUUCUAUGUUCUUUGGCAUUCUUUAGUUCUAUGUUCUUUGGCGUUCUUAGCUCUAUGUUCUUUGGUGUGUGUUAGUUUAAUGUUAUUUUGCGUUCAAUGUUCUGUGGCGUUAGUUCAAUGUUCUUUGGCGUUCAAUGCUCUCUGGCGUUCUUUAGUUCGGUGUUAUUUGUUUCGUUUCAUUCACUGGUGAAUGAUUUUAUUUUUUCAACAGCUUCUGUUUACAUCUCGUUUCACAGCUACAGAAAUGCAACCAAAGUCCCCGUGAUGAUGUUCAUCCAUGGGGGUGGCUUUUAUGGGGGCUCCGGGGCCCUCUACAACUUCACGAAUGUGGCGCUCAGGGGGGUCACCGUCGUCUCGGUCAGUUACAGGUAAGUUUGGCUCGGGUAACGGUGGAGUAGGCGUAUUUACCUUUGACGGGUUCAAUUCAGCCGUACAACGUGUAGAUGUUCGUUGUAGUUGUGGUGAUGGUGACGGCAUGCUGGGCUGCAGCAGGCAACACAAAAUCAGUGUUUUAAUAAAAAGUAGAUUUAAAAAGUUUCUUAAAAUUUCUCAUAUGCAUUAAGCAAAUGGUAAUAAGGCACUCUAUGAAGCCAAAGGAUUCGAAUUAGAUGUAAAAGAAAUUUAAAUGUGUUUUUUUAUAAAUGUUUUUAACUUUUUUUUCUGCACAGACUUCCUUUGACUAAUGCAUAUUCAAAGUCUUUUUUUUUUUUAAAGUUUCUUUAAAACUUAUAAUUCUUUUAAAAAUUUUUGCACUUUUAAAUUAUGAAAAUUUUAAUCUGUAAUUUAUCCACAAAGUGAUUGUUUCUAAGCAACGAAGGUUUGCUCAAUCACUAGUAUGAAUGACUUAUCUUUUUACCCAGGCAUGAAAUUAAAAUGUAGAAUUAAACGACUACUGGCCGUCCGAUGAUCAGAGUCUAAUGGUCAAAAUGUCCCCCCCCACCACCCCCCCCCCCCCCCCCCAAUCCCAUCCUAAAAUCCUAAAGUUAGCACUGAAGGGCAUUGACGGGUAUGGUGAGUGAAAUCGUUGAACAAGGCGUGUAGAAGCUUGGAGUGAAAGAACAUGACAAUGACAGAAAGGAGAACGUCUCGGCGGAAAGCCUUCUUAGGCAGACGGGACAAAACAAGAAAGAGAGAAAAAAAGAAAUAGAAAUGUGUUAAAAACUGUUUUUCAGUAGUUCGCUGUGAUGUGGAUCAACUGUAGUUAAAACGCUAAUUUUUAAGCGGGAAAAAAGGGGUGGGUGGGGGUGGGGUUUUGGGAUUUUCAACCCUUUAUCUAAUUUCCCCAUCACCUACCACCCAAACCCAUAUCUCCCCUCUCCCAGCACACCCGAGCUGUAACUCUGCGUGGAAAAACUCAGAUGCGACCUUACAGGUCAGCACGAGACACGCUGGAUCAAACCGAGCGAUAAGGUCACGUCUGACAACCGAAAUAUGCUACAAACUAACAACCUCAGGGGUUUGCGAGUGGAAAGAAAGUCUUUAAACAAAAAACAAUAUUUCUUCUUUAACAUUCUUUUUAAAUGUCUAUUGAAGAGAUAGGAGGCAACGGGCGUCCCGUGGAGCCCCAUAGUGUUGUCUGAAGUUGUGUUAGAUUGACAGCUCUGUGGUUUGGGUCAAGGAUUGGAAGAUGUCAUAAGGAGGGUUUCUUUCAGCUAUAUCUCCGUGGGGAGGGGGGCACUACACCCUCCACCCCACGGGAAGGCCAAGUGCCCCCCCCGGAGCAAAAAUAUGUCCAACAAUAAAUCAACUGGCACUGCUCCCCACACCCCGAAAAAUCUGAAAUGACCGCCACCCAGGGGAAUAUUUCUAAAAUUAUCUCUGGUCAUAAGUGGUUAUUCCAAAAAAUCCCCCGACUGAGUAAACUAAUUGAUCGAAGCUAAUUAAUCAACAAUCUUGAUGCAUACAUUUAUGACAUGAACACGGUAGGUACAUAUAAACACAGCGCAAUUUAUGACAUGAACAUGGCAUCUGAAUAUGAACAUAAUGCAAUCAUAUACUUUUUUUUUCCUCAGACUCGAUGUCUUUGGUUUUCUUUCCACUGAAGAUGAAAUAAUUCCUGGCAAUUUUGGUCUGCUGGACCAAAUAUUGGCACUCGAGUGGAUCAAGGUUAGUUUACAAUGAAAGUAUUGGACUUUAUAAUUGGCCCACUCUUAAAUACUUGGGGAAUCUGUUAAAUUUGUAUAUUUUAAAAAUAAUAAUAAUUUAAAUUUGAAAAUAACGAUUACAUUUGUGUCUGCCAAGUCAAAUGUGGAGAAUUUCGGAGGUAACCCGGGAAAAAUCACCAUCUUUGGAGGAAGUGCUGGGGCUGUUAGUGCAUCCAUCUUGACCCUAUCUCCUCUCACCAGGGGGCGCUUUCAGGGAGUAAGUGAAAUUUGAUCACGUUAUUCACUUUCGUUAACGAAACAAUUAAUAAAAACACACAAACUAUCUGAAUGGUGAUAAAUAAUUUAUGUGAAAUAACCUUUUUUGUAUACACAAUAAUAUAUUUUUUUUAAAAUCUUAAGAUUUUUUUAUGUAAUCAUAAAUAAGUGAAUAUUAUUCCCCCUCUCUCCAGGCCAUCUUACAGUCAGGUGUGGCCAGUUGUGGCUGGGGCUACCAUCACCCGGAUAGCAGUUUUGCCAAGCCCCGGGUGACUGCCACAGAGUUGGGUCGCAUGUUAAACUGCACCCUCCCAACUGAAGUGUUCUCCCAGAAACUUUUAGAGUGUCUUAGAGCCGUACCGGCGGAGCUUCUGGUCAAUCAGAGUGUCACGCUACAGGUGAAUAAAGGUUCAGCGACAAGUAAAUAGAAAUAUUACAGACAUGUUACUCGUGGCUACCUGAAAGACGAUUUUGUGUUAAAUAAAUUGAUACCCGGUCACAUGAUAUUUUAAUCUAAAGUGAAAUACAGGCCGGGAGGUACAUGUUGAUACAUACAAAAUAUUUCCUGGCAGAUUAUAGACGAUUUGGUAUUUUUUAAAAUAUUAAAAUAAUAACAAGAUUUUGUUUUUUCACAUUUAAUUGACAGAUGGGCAAAUAUAAAGGGAACUCACUCUUCUAUCCGGUCAUUGAAAACAGUUUCGGUGUUCUCCCCGAAUCUCCAUCCAAACUGCUGCACAAGAUGGACAGGAAGUACUACAUCCCAACGAUCUACGGCUACACGAAGGAGGACGGUUCUUGGCUGGUCAGUGACCCCGAAAAUGAUGGGGUCAGUUUGGCAGAGUUUAAGGCCACCAUCGAGGGCUUCGUCAGCGUCUUGUACCCAGAGAAAUAUCAGCGAUCUGUGGUCGACAAGGCCAUGAAGGGCUACCUGCCUGCUAACGCCACGUCCUUGUCCAAGUUUCAUCUCCGCGACAUUCUCAUCCGGGCAGCCACCGACGGUUUCGUUGCCGCCGGCACGGUCAGAGAAGCCACGCUUUUCAGCGCCGGUGUGGAGAGGUCAAGGACGUUUGUGUACGAGUUCAACCACAGGCCGAGUUACUCGCGGGCACCACCGUGGAUGGGGGUGGGGCACACCGACGAGAAAGGUUUUGUCCUGGGACUUCCUGUUGGCCCCGACCCGUUCAAAUACCCCGACCAUUCCUCGGAGGACGCCACGGUGGCGGACUUUGUCGUGACAGCUUGGACCAACUUUGCCAAAUUUGCUAACCCGUCUCACCCUCUCUGGCCGGCGUUUCGUCCAUCGACGUCAGACAUGGAGAUAUUGGUGAUAGAAAAUCGGUCGCAUCACAUAAUGUUUAACCGGCAACUCGCCCUCGAUGUUUGGGUUGUAGAGGACUUCCUGGCAAACGACGGGGUUGGGAUCCCACACAAGACAUGGUUAUUUUUUAUGUGCCCAUUAGUGCUACUGUAUGUUAUCUUCACGUGUUAAAUUAAGUUAGACAUUUCUGGUGUUUGUGAAGUGGCGCGACUUUUCCGUCGUGUGAGCUAAACGAUAAAUGUAUU